UUUUUACAUUCGUGCCAACAGUUGUUGAACUGGUUUUAGUCUGUGGACUUUUGGCGAAGCAUGUCAGCCCACUUUUCGCAAGCAUUGUGUUUGGGACAUUUGUGGUAUAUGUGGUGUGGACGAUUUUCCUGACACAAGCAGCUGCAGCAAGCAGAAAGCAGGUCAAUGUACUGGAUAAUCUCACAACAGGGAAGGCAGUGGAUGCACUCCUCAAUUAUGAGACUGUCUUGCAGUUCAAUAACCAGUCACUGGAGUCAGCGCAGUACAACGGCCUGCUGCAUGGGUACCAACAAGCUUCGAUCGAGGCGGAGUAUAUCAUGUCUCUUAUGAAUGCGGGCCAGGCAACAAUUCUUGCAAUGGGAACAGGAUUGAUCAUGGCUUUGGCUGGGAUUAGAGUGUUCCAUGGGACGAUGACUGUUGGAGAUCUGGUCCUGGCUAAUGGGCUAGUGCUGCAACUCUCCUUGCCUCUUCAGUUUCUAGGCUUUUGGUAUAGGGACGUGCGGCAGUCGCUUGUGGAUAUGGAGAACAUGUUUGACCUUCUUGGCUGGGGCCUUGCUGCUGCAGUGUCCACGAAGGGGAUGAAGAUUGCUGCCACCAUAGCCAGCCAAAGCCAGAAGUUACAGUCGUCGGAUUGCUUGGUGCUACAAGUGUACUUAAUAAGAGGUGAUCAUGCUGUACAGGUACUUCGAGGUGUCUCAUUCAGUGUGAGCAGCGGUCAGAGUAUUGCCAUUGUCGGAACGUCUGGAUCUGGGAAAUCCACAAUCGUCAAACUUCUCCUUCGGCUCUUUGAUCCAACCGCAGGCGUUGUGACGAUUGAUGGUUAUGAUGUGAGAUCACUAAAACAGGAAUCAUUACGAAGUGUUGUUGCUCUCGUACCUCAAGACACGGUCCUGUUCAAUGAUACAAUCUUCCACAACAUUGCCUAUGGGCGGCCAGACGCAACAGACGAUGAAGUCAUUGAUGCUGCAAAGAAAGCGCAUCUCCACCAAGCAAUCAUGAGGAUGCCUGAUCAGUACAACACAGUCGUUGGAGAAAGAGGAAUUAAGCUUAGUGGAGGAGAGAAACAACGGGUGGCCAUUGCACGUGCAUUUCUCAAAUCUCCUAGGCUCUUAAUUUGCGAUGAAGCCACCAGCGCACUGGACUCGACAACUGAGGUAUUUAUUGGAGCAUUUUAGUGGAUGAUAUAAAGUUGAAGUUGUUAGCUUGUUAACCGAAAACGAAAACAGAAAAGGAACCCUAAUAACUCUGUUUGACCUUGUUAAUCAAGUUUUUGAGUGGGGAUAUGAUUUUUCUCACAGAGCAACUCGACACGAUAGAUUGAGAGUCUCGGGACAGAAGUCAAGGAUAAGUACGGGACUGCAUUGGACCGACCAGUGGACCGAAAUCCGUGGAAUGCAGAAUUCCCAAGCUCGAUUAAUGAAUGAAUGAAUGAGUAGGCUGAUC